AUGGACCGAACAACGGAAAUUCGUCAAGCGUCCAACGCCAUCUUGGAUGAAAUGAUAAAUGAUUUGAUAUUGACUACGGCAAUGUCAGCUCAUAGGGAGAUCAAAAGAGGUAGAGCGAUAUGUGGAACUUGUGGGACUAGAUGCCGCACACAUCUUCCACUCCCAAUGCCGACCACUUUGCAAAGUCAGAAUGCUUCCUCUUCAUCAUCGUCAUCGUUGUUAGCUUCGGCACAUAUGAAUUCAGCACCACCAUCUCGUAAUCCUUCACCUCAACCUACAGUAGAUGGUCAACCCAUACCUAGAACCGGUGGAUAUACCAUAGGUCCAGAAAAGGGAACAGGUGGCUCAACAGGCAUAGGUAGUGGAAGUGGGAAAAUCGACGGGAAUGGGAAUGUCUUUUUUGAAUGUUUGGUUUGUUCAAGAUCUGUCGCUUCAAAUCGAUAUGCACCACAUUUAUCAUCGUGUCUCGGACUGAACGGCUCAACGCGUCGUGGAGCAGCUAGAUCAGCAGCUGUCAAAGCCCGCUUGGGUACAAAUGAUAGAUCAUCCCCGUCUCCUUAUGUAAUGGGGUCAAGUAAAGGUGAUGGUGGAAGUGAUAACGGUGAUUGGGAAAAAGGAAGUGAUGGGGAUGGCAGUAUCAACGGUAAAAAGAAACGAAGUAAGUCGCAUCUUCUCUACAAUAUGGCUGAAUAUGAUAUUUGUGCUGACCUCGAAUUCGGUGUCGGUGUCGUCGCUAAAUCAGAAAUUAUACCUCCUCCUCCUUCUUCUUCAUCUAAAAGAGGUAGAUCACCAAGUAAAGUUCCAUCAAUCAAUAAAAAACCCAAAAUCGGUUCAGCAACUACUUCAGGGACCGCGACACCAACACCAGCAUUCAGACAAGCAUUGCCACCUUCCAAAUUAUCGAGACCACCCACUAAUCGUCCUAUCGAAAUAUCUCAAUCACCAAGUUCAUCGCCCGAGAAAUCCAUCAUAUCGAUUACAAGUUCAGCUGGUACGGGUCCAGGUAUGACAGGAAGGAAAACAUUACCUGGUCAAGGCCAGAGUCAAGGUUUAGGUUUAGGUGAUUUGAAUGCGGAUCCCAUAUCGAUACCCACGGGUGGAGGAGAUGAUAGCAGUGAUGGAGAAGUUGACGAUUAUUGA